AUGUCCGAUGUCCGCCUCGACAAGCGACUAGAGUCUCAGCUAGAUGCUUUCAGAAAGAAAGUAGAUGCAGAUGCGAACGAGGUUAUCCUGCACGCAUUCCCAUCCAAGAUUAUUGAACUGCAGCAGCUCAUAGUGGAUAGCGAUGCAGAAUCCUCGCCCUUCCAUUCGUCUCACGGGACCUCACACACCGACUCCACUGUCUACCCUCCCUCAUCAGCCUCUGAGGUGUCUGGCCCUGAUAGCAAGAAACGCAAACUCGACCAUGACCCGUCUUCUAUGAAUGGUUUCGGCGCCGACUCCGGUUCUCCUCGCUUCACACAGCGCAUGCUCGCAAAUCAACACCUACAAGCAGUACACACCAUUGUCAAGGAUCAGUGUACGGAGAUAUCAUUGCUAUGUGACAAGGUUAAACUCUGGGUGAACCUCACUAUGCCCAAGAUCGAAGAUGGCGACAAUUUCGGGGUACAGAUUCAAGAAGAGGUCUUGAACGAGCUACAUCGCUCUCAGGAGAGCGCCAUCAAUAUGCGAGACGUCGCGCGUCAGUCGCACUUGAAUCGUGCUAAGAUCUGUUCGAAAAUAAUCAAGUACCCAAAUGUCGAGGACUACGCUCUUGCGUUAGAGGAGCAUGACGAGCGUCAGUUAUACCUCGCACGGCAAAAUAUCCGUGAUCUGCGCAAUAUAUACGCAGUGCUCACGGACAUCAUACACAAGAAUCUCGCGAAACUUCGCGCACCGAAGGGCAACAAUGCUGUCGGCCUGUACUGA